GCGACGUCGAGAAAGUAUUCUCAGGAUUUUCGAAAACCCGAGAGAACCUCGCCGUCAUUGACGAGCUCCUCCUCUACUGGAACCUCUCCGACUCCGAACGUGUCCUCGACGAGCUUGAGGAGGCUUUGUUGGUUUCUGAUUUCGGGCCGAGGAUUUCAAUGAAGAUUGUGGAUAGUUUGAGAGAUGACAUAUUAGCGGGGAAGCUCAAAUCUGGAGCUGAGAUUAAGGAGGCGCUGAAGAAGUGUGUUCUUGAUUUGUUGACAAGCAAAGGGAAAAAGACUGAGCUACAGCUUGGAUUUAGGAAGCCGGCAGUGAUUAUGGUUGUUGGUGUCAAUGGUGGUGGAAAGACUACUUCCCUAGGAAAGCUUGCUCGAAGGCUAAAGAAUGAAGGAGUGAAGAUACUUAUGGCGGCUGGUGAAGCAGCAGCCAGUGAUCAGUUAGAAGUGUGGGCUGAGAGAACAGGGUCAGAGAUAGUUGUGGCUGAGAGCGAGAAAGUCAAAGCCCCAUCAGUUCUAUCACAGGCUGUAAAAAGGGGAAAGGAGCAAGGAUAUGAUGUAGUUCUAUGUGAUACUUCUGGACGUUUGCACACAAAUUACAGUCUAAUGGAAGAGUUGGUUUCCUGCAAGAAAGCUGUUGCUAAAAUUGUUGCUGGUGCUCCUAAUGAAAUUUUGCUUGUUCUGGAUGGGACAACUGGGUUGAACAUGCUGCCACAAGCGAGAGAAUUUAAUGAAGUUGUUGGAAUCACAGGACUAAUCUUAACAAAACUUGAUGGUUCAGCACGAGGGGGCUGUGUGGUCAGUGUAGUUGAUGAACUGGGAAUUCCGGUAAAAUUUAUUGGUGUUGGGGAAGGAGUUGAUGAUCUCCAACCAUUUGAUGCAGAGGCAUUUGUGAAUGCCAUCUUUGCUUGAACUUUGGAAGAUGUCGUCUGCAGGUCAUUAUGACAGAAGGUCUUCUGAUUCACUAUAUCUGCAAUUCUAUUGGCUUACUUUCACUAAUACGAAGACCUUCUUCAGCCCUUGAAAUGAUUGAGAGAUCCUAUAUGGUUUUUGUGGGAAGAAGCUACUUAUUCUUUGAGUUGGGUUUUCUGCAAGUGCGAGCAUAUAAUCAAAAUGGCUUGAGAAAUUGCUCUUUAUGGUGGCGAGAUAGAAAUACGGUAAAAAGCUGUAUUAUUCUUUCAUAUCACGGAAAUUUCCUUGUGAAGACGGCAAAAUCACUGUAGCGAGUCAGGGAUUCGGAGAGCCGCAGAUUGAUAGAGACUCGCUAAAAUUACCGUCAUUCAUAGGUAGGUAGUUGAUGCUCCACGGCAGAUUAUUUAUUGUUUUAAGACUUUUAGAGAUGUAUUUUGUUUUAGAGGAUGAGUGUCUAUGUACCUUUCAGUUGACUCUUAUGUUUAAGAGAUUCAUUUUUCUUAUUCCAGUUUAUCAGA